AUGCGUCGAGAAGCGCCGCUGCCGCCGCCGCCGCGUUUCAUCAGCAAAUCUAAGUCUGGAGGGGCCGAGGGCAGCCACGGCGCUCCCCAGGCCCUCCACCGCGCCACGGGGCCCGUCAGGGGCCCGCGCAGACAAAUCAUCACUUCAGUUGAUUUCCAAAAGCAGGAGGCCAGCGUGUUUACCUCAUCGGAAAGUACAGCGGAGCCCGGCGGAGCCCGGCGGAGCCCGGCGGAGCCCGGCGGAGCCCGGCGGAGCCCGGCGGAGCCCGGCGGAGCCCGACGGAGCCCGACGGAGCCCAGCGGAGCACAACGGAGCCCGGCGGAGCCCAGCGGAGCACAACGGAGCCCAACGGAGCCCAGCGGAGACCGACGGAGCACGACGGAGCCCCGGGGCUUUGGCUCCACAUGA